UGUAGUGACGGCGGGACGCAGUCUCCGGGAGAACUGAACCUCCGACAGCAGCGAAACAGUUAAUGGUAGUUAGCGACAGUUGCUCUGACAAACCCUCCGAGGAGUAACAAGUGUUUACUGUCCAGAAGUUUACUUUUGCUUUACGAUAGUUGUUUUAAAGCGUCAAAACUUACCUUGCAAUUUUUAUUAAUCAUAAUUUCGGGACUGAUAUUUUUGUUCACUUUUUUUUUAACUUUGACGCGCGAAUUUUUUUUGAGAGCAUGAACGUCGCGUGAGAUGUUCUAGAAGCGGCGCCAUCGGAGCGGGAAAAUCAGGAUGACAGAGCCAGCGGAGCAGCAGACGCAUCACCUGAAAACUUCAGGCAGCCCAUCAGGUGGGAGAAGCGGAGACGCUUUGGAGCAUCCCCCAGCCUGCAACCGUGGAGGACCGGAGAACGGCGACAGGGGGCGGCAGAGAGACCACAAGCAGCAGCAGCAGCAGCAGCAGCAGCGGCGGCGGGCGGGGAACUGCGAGGAUAUCAACAGAGAGAAGUUAUGGCAAGUGAAAGGCGGACGGAGGGAGGUGUGCCCUGCCUUAGCAGCCGGAAACGAGCUGCCGAAGUGCCAGAUUACCUCUCAGCAGCCCGACGGCCACGGCGGUGACAGGCCGCUGCUGGGGACCCUCAACCAGGUGCGGGACGAGAACCUGCACGUCGACUCCGACACCGGCCUGGACGCGCGUCUGGGCAAGAAGCGGCACAGACGCCGGACCUCCAAGAAGAAGCGCCACUGGAAGCCCUACAACAAACUUUCCUGGGAGGAGAAGAAAGCCCUGGAGGAGAGGGAGACCGUCCGGGCGUCGCGGAUGCGCGAGGAGAUGUUCGCCAAGGGGCUCCCGGUGGCGCCCUACAACACGACCCAGUUCCUGAUGGACGAGCACGACCGCGAGGAGCCCGACCUCAACACGGAGAUCGGGGUCCGGCGGCCCCUGGGGGUCGGCGCCCGGCUGGAGGACACGGGCAGCGAGGAGGACUUCUUCGACAACGACGAGGAGGACGAGGACGACGGCAGCGGCGGGGGCAGCGACGGCAUCGGCAGGCCCGGGAACGCCGGCGGGGAGUUCCUCCAGAGGGACUUCUCCGAGACCUACGAGAUGUACCACGUCGAGUCCCUGCAGAACAUGACCAAGCAGGAGCUGGUGCAGGAGUACCUGGAGCUGGAGAAGUGCAUGUCCCGCCUGGAGGAGGAGAACAACCGGCUGCGGCGCGCCGCGGAGCCCGGCGGGGCCACCGUGGAGAGCUCGCUGGUGCGCGUGAAGGAGAUGGAGCGCGAGCUGGAGAGACUGAGAGCCCAGAACAGCGAGCUGCUGCUGCUCAGCCAGCCCGCCACGGACCGGGGGCAGCUGGCCGGGAACUAGAGGACACGCGCUUUUCUCGUGGGAGGGGAGGGGGAGGAAGUAAACACAAGGUAAACGACAUGGGACUUUUACAUUUAAAAUAAAAUGUUGUCAGUUUUCUGUAAUCGAUCUGUCAUCUGGACAAUGAUGUCCUUUCAUGAGAUGCAAUACUUGACUUUUCUUUUCUAUUUGGACUGUAAA